CUCUCUUGCUCACACGCACAGUCGCGUGAGCAAAAGCUAGGAUCAAAGCAGAAAGACAGAGGUGCACGACAAUGGCUGCGGCAUUCAGGCUCGUCGUGGUGGUGACAUGCGCCUUGUUGCUGGCGUCGGCCUGCCAGGGCCUCCAUGUGGGCUACUACAAGAAGACGUGCCCCCGCGUGGAGCACAUCGUGAGGGCCGAGGUGAAGAAGUUCGUCUACAAGAACGCCGGCAUCGGCGCCGGCCUCAUCCGCAUGCUCUUCCACGACUGCUUCGUCCAGGGAUGCGACGGCUCCGUCCUCCUGGACCCGACGCCGGCGAACCCGGAGCCGGAGAAGCGGAGCCCGCCCAACUUCCCCAGCCUGCGCGGCUUCGAGGUGAUCGACGCGGCCAAGGACGCCGUCGAGAGGGCCUGCCCGGGCAAGGUCUCCUGCGCCGACAUCGUCGCCUUCGCCGCCCGCGACGCCGCCUACUUCCUCAGCAAGCUCAAGGUAAAGAUCGACAUGCCCGCCGGCCGCCUCGACGGGCGCGUCUCCAGGGCCUCGGAGGCCCUCGACAACCUGCCGCCCCCAUUCUUCAACGUCAGCGAGCUCGUCGCCGCCUUCGCCGCCAAGGGUCUCGGCGCCGAGGACAUGGUCGUGCUCUCCGGCGCGCACACCGUCGGCCGCUCCCACUGCUCGUCCUUCGUCGCCGACCGCCUCGCCGCCCCCUCCGACAUCAACGCCGGGUUUGCCAACUUCCUCAGGAGGCGGUGCCCCGCCAACCCGACCCCGGCGAACGACCCCACCGUGAACCAGGACUUCGUCACCCCCAACGCGCUCGACAGCCAGUACUACAAGAACGUGCUCGGGCACAAGGUGCUCUUCGCGUCCGACGCCGCGCUGCUCGGCUCGCCGGAGACGGCCAAGAUGGUGCGCGACAACGCCUACAUCCCCGGCUGGUGGGAGGACAGGUUCAAGGCCGCCUUCGUCAAGAUGUCCCGGGUGGAGGUGAAGACCGGCAAGCAGGGCGAGAUCAGGAAGAAUUGCAGGGUUGUCAACCAUGGUCAUCCGCACAGACACUACUGAUCGACCGAUCGAUCAGAUGCUGCAUCCACAUUGUUUCGUUCUUGCGAUUUCCAUACCAUGAGGUUGCUUCAUGAUUAUCAACUGCCCAUCCUUCGAAUUUUCUUCGGCUUGCAUUAUUGUUUUCAUUUCUUUGUUCGUUGCGUUGACGACCAAAACUGGCUCUAAAUUGCGUCAACACGUUGUUUGGCUGUUCGUGUCUGGUUUGAAUGUAAUCUCCUUUCACUCUCGAGAAUGUAUAGUGGUAAUUCGGUUAGAUACUUCAAUUUUGUGAAUAAAUGAUUAAUUUGGUGAUUUAAGAUUUACUAGUAA